CAUCGCGGUAGUGCGCGUGCGCGCGCCCCAGCGGCGCCAAGCAGGGGCUAGGGGAUGUUGCAUCGGCUGGUGGCGGCGGCCGGUAGUCGGGCGGUGGCCCGGCCGCACACCGUGCUGUGGCGAUGCGGCGGCGGCCCUAGAAGCGGGGUGUCCGAGAUCGGCGUGAGAACCCUCGGAACCGCUCAGCAGUGCCUCCAGGGAAUCCGCCUUCAGCAACUGACUCUGCGAGGGAGACUGACCUUUUCCCAGUGGCUGUGCUCAAAACCACCCAAAGAAACUGGUGAACCAAAGGAUGCUGGACCAGGAGCGGAUAGAGGCAAAAGAGGAGAGAAACAUGAUUUUACUUGGUGGAAGCGACUGCAGAAGGGGGAGUUUCCCUGGGAUGACAAGGAUUUCCGCAGCCUAGCCAUUUUGGGGGCAGGUGUCGCUGCGGGAUUCUUCUACUUCUAUUUUCGAGAUCCCGGAAAAGAAAUCACCUGGAAACACUUUGUGCAGUAUUACCUGUCAAGAGGUCUGGUGGACCGGCUGGAAGUUGUAAACAAACAGUUUGUGCGUGUGAUUCCUAUCCCAGGGUCAUCGUCUGAGAAAUAUGUAUGGUUUAACAUUGGGAGUGUUGACACCUUUGAGCGCAACCUGGAGACAGCCCACUGGGAGCUGGGUAUCGAGGCCCCCCACCAGACAUCUGUGGUCUACACCACCGAGAGUGAUGGCUCCUUCUUACGAAGCCUGAUGCCCACCCUCCUCCUGGUUGGCAUCCUCCUCUACGCUGUGAGGAGGGGCCCCAUGGGGGCAGGGCGUGGUGGGCGAGGAGGGGGCCUCUUCAGUGUUGGUGAGACCACGGCCAAGAUCUUAAAGAACAACAUCAACGUGCGGUUUGCAGAUGUAGCUGGUUGUGAAGAAGCCAAAUUGGAAAUUAUGGAGUUUGUGAAUUUCCUGAAGAACCCCAAGCAGUAUCAGGACUUAGGUGCCAAAAUUCCAAAGGGAGCCAUGCUGACUGGCCCUCCUGGUACUGGCAAAACACUUCUUGCCAAAGCGACAGCUGGAGAGGCCAAUGUGCCUUUCAUCACUGUGAAUGGGUCAGAGUUUCUAGAAAUGUUUGUUGGCGUUGGGCCAGCAAGGGUUCGAGACAUGUUUGCAAUGGCCCGAAAAAAUGCACCCUGUAUCUUAUUCAUUGAUGAGAUCGAUGCAAUUGGCAGAAAGCGAGGGCGUGGACACUUUGGAGGCCAGAGUGAGCAGGAGAACACUCUGAACCAGAUGCUGGUGGAGAUGGACGGCUUCAACACCACCACCAAUGUGGUGGUGCUGGCUGGCACCAACCGUCCUGACAUCCUUGACCCUGCCCUGAUGCGGCCUGGCCGGUUUGACCGUCAGAUUUAUAUCGGCCCCCCUGACAUCAAAGGCAGGUCCUCCAUCUUCAAAGUCCACCUGCGUCCUCUGAAGUUGGAUGAAAGACUCAGCAAGGAUGCUCUAGCGAGGAAGCUGGCAGCACUCACUCCUGGCUUCACAGGUGCUGAUGUUUCUAAUGUUUGCAAUGAAGCAGCCCUGAUUGCUGCCCGCCACCUAAGCCCUUCCGUUGAGGAGAAGCACUUUGAACAAGCUAUUGAGAGGGUCAUUGGAGGCCUCGAGAAGAAGACACAGGUCUUGCAGCUCAAUGAGAAGACGACCGUGGCCUAUCAUGAGGCUGGCCAUGCAGUGGUGGGCUGGUUCCUGGAGCAUGCAGACCCUCUGCUGAAGGUUUCCAUCAUCCCCCGUGGCCGGGGCCUGGGCUAUGCACAGUGCCUGCCCCGGGAGCAGUACCUGUAUACUCGAGAGCAGCUGUUUGACCGCAUGUGCACCAUGCUGGGAGGCAGAGUGGCUGAGCAACUCUUCUUUGGGCAAAUCACCACAGGGGCCCAGGACGACCUGAGGAAGGUCACCCAGAGUGCCUAUGCUCAGAUUGUGCAGUUUGGGAUGAGUGAGAAGCUGGGCCAGGUAUCUUUUGACCUUCCCCGGCAAGGUGAGGUUCUGGUGGAGAAGCCAUACAGCGAGGCCACGGCACAGCUCAUCGAUGAGGAAGUGAGGCAUCUCAUCAGCUCUGCCUAUGAGCGGACCCUGGACCUGCUGACGCGCUGCCGGGAGCAGGUGGACAAGGUGGGCAAACGACUGCUGGAGAAGGAGGUGCUAGAGAAGGCUGACAUGGUGGAGCUGCUUGGCCCCCGGCCUUUCGCCGAGAUGUCUACCUACGAGGCCUUUGUGGAGGGCACAGGCAGUCUGGAUGAGGACACAUCCCUUCCUGAGGGGCUGAAGGACUGGAACCGGGGGCCAGAGGAGGGAGGCUCCGAGCGCCAUGUGCAAGAGAGCCCAGCUUAGUGGCCUCAGCAACACACAAUUAAAACAUGUGAAACUACAAAUAGUGUUUUAGAUGAGGGCACCAUGAACCCAUAGGGUUCCCUGCAUAGAGGGAACUGAUAAGGUAGGUAGUGGGCACCCUUAGUGGGGUAGCCAGUAUGUGGGUUCUGGGUGCCUCUGUUGCUCUUUGAAAAGUUCUUUUGGCUCGGUUGAGAGAUUGGCAGUGUUUGAUGAAGGGGCAGAAUUAAGAAAAGGAGAUAAAAGCCAGUUACCUAGAGAAAGUAAUUUUUAUGGAAAACAUUUAAAAACUUUUCCUUCUUUUAUUUAUUAUUGGAUAGAGACAGAGAGAAAUUAGAAAUUGAGAGGGUAGGGGGAGAUAGAGGAAGAAAGAGACAGAGAAACACCCGCAGCCCUGCUUCACCACUUAUAAGGCUUUCCCCCUGCAGGUGGGGGCCAGGGGCUUGACCCCCCAGUCCAUGCACACUGUAUGUAAUACGUGCGCUUAACCAGGUGCACCACCACCUGGCCCUGAAAUAUUAGGCUGUUUGUUUGGUUUUUGCCUCUAGCUUUGGCUGCUUCCUGUUGUGUGAAGACUUGCAAAGGCCCUGGACUGGACUUGGAGUCCCUAUUAAUUACCUUUUGUUCCUGGUGUCAUGGGAGCUGCCAAAUAUGGGAGACAUUAAAAAAAAAAGAAAUUCA